AUGGAAUUAAUUAUAAAGAAUUUAUUCCUAUCAUUGGUGGGAACCAUCAAUGCUGUAGCUAACUGCCAGUUUAAAUCAGCCACUUCUGGAGAUAACUAUGAUUUUUCGAGUUUGGCCAAUUCUACCGAAUAUUCAUACGCAGAUAUAAAGGCAUCAGCAACUUAUUUUUUUAAUUUUUGUAAAACAUCUGCAACUUGUGUUCAACAGGGAGGUGUUACCGAUUCAUCUGCCUGUCAAAAGAACUCCAACGGUCUGACGAAUUGUGGUUUGAUUGGUACACAAACUUUCACUGAAUUGGCAGGUGGUGCCCAAGGUGCCAAUAUGACCUACUUCAAGGGAUCGGUCUGCGGUAAUGGACGUCCAAGACAACUAAGUCUUGUUUGUAGUUGCGACUUGACUGCCGAUCCAAUUAAGUUCUCAAAGAUCGAAGAGCCAGUUUCCUGUAUGUAUAACAUCUACUGCUCGAGUAAAUAUGCCUGUCCAGGUGCUGCCGCUCCAUCGACUGGCUCCGGAGGUGGUAAAGGAAUCGGAGGUGGAUGGAUUUUCAUCAUUGUAUUGGUUGUUUGUACAGUUUUAUAUUUGGCAGGUGGUGUCACCUAUAAUCACAAGAUUCGUGGAUUAACUGGAAAAGAGAUGAUUCCAAACUAUGCUUUCUGGAGCGACUUCCCCGGUCUUUUGAAAGACGGUAUAUUCUUCAUCAAAGGAAAGAUCACAGGAACUGGAUCUUCUUACAGAGGAUACCAACAAGUUUAA